AUGGCUAAAGGCAAUAACACCGCGGUGACACAGUUCAUGCUCCUAGGACUGACAGACAAGCCAGAGCUGCAGCUUCCUCUCUUCAUCAUCUUCUUAAUGAUUUAUCUCAUCACCCUGAUAGGCAAUCUUGGGAUGGUGACCCUGAUCAGGAUAACCCCCCAGCUGCACACUCCCAUGUACUUCUUCCUCUGCAAUUUGUCUAUUAUUGAUCUUUGCUAUUCCUCUGUCAUUUCUCCAAGGAUGCUAAUUGGCUUCUUAGUGGAAAACAAAGACAUUCCUUACUCAGCAUGCUUUGCCCAGCAUUUCUCUUUCCUUGUGUUUGUGACUACAGAAGUGUUCUUGCUGGCUGUGAUGGCAUAUGACCGCUACAUGGCUAUUUGUGUCCCACUUCUCUAUACUAUGUCUAUGCCCAAGCGAGUCUGUAUUUGGCUGGUGGCCGGGUCAUACCUGGGGGGGAUUCUGAACUCACUAACGCAGACAUGUUGCUUGCUGCGGCUUCCAUUCUGCGGGCCUAAUGUCAUCAACCAUUACUUUUGUGACACUAACCCUCUGCUGAAACUCACCUGCUCUGAUGGCCAUAUCAAUGAGGUUUUACUUGUGACUUUCAAUGGGGCCAUUUCUAUGUCUGUGCUGCUCAUCAUCAUCCUCUCAUAUGCGUGCAUCCUCUUCUGCAUCCUGAGGAGUAGGCCUGCUGAAGGAAGAAGGCACAAGGCCUUCUCCACCUGUGCCUCCCACCUUUUGACUGUUACCUUGUUCUAUGUGCCUGCAGGACUGAGCCACAUGCAGCCGGGCUCCAAGUACUCACCAGAAAUGGAGAAAGUCACUGCUGUAUUUUAUACCACUAUAGUCCCCAUGCUCAACCCUCUGAUCUACAGCAUGAGGAACAAGGAGGUGAAGGAGGCACUUAGGAAAGCAACAGCAAAUUACGUAUUUGUGAGUUAACCUGCUGGCUGACUGACUCCAUACAGUUGAUAGGACUUUUUAAGAGUGAUUUUUAUGCCAGCCAUCUGGAGUUGUAGGGAAUCACCUAUAUUUACAGAAAUGCAGC